CACGCAGCGCAAGGGCAAUGAGUUUGGGAAGGGACCAUUCCGAGUCAGAUUAUUGGCAGGCCAAUGUGUUGGAGGGACAUGCAAGCGGAGGGAUUCACAGCACUGUAGCAAGAAUAGGUGUAUGUGGGAAGGAGCCAGCGACUUGUAGUCUUCUACCUUCAUUCCACGAGACUCUGAGCCUUGAUCGACUUUCCUCCUGCUAGCGCUAGCUCCGGGACGGACACAUGAGAAUUCGCGACGCGCCUACCCCACGACCGCUAUCUGUUGCGAGAAGAAUCUCGCACCCUCCGCCGCUUCCUCGUCGAUCUCCUCACUCUCGUCGAAUCUUCUUUCUCCUCCGGUUGCUGGCCAUCCUCCUUCGUACCAGUGCGACACUCGUCCAGGGAACGUCGCUCGAAGGUAGCGUGGACUGCGGACUCAAGGAAAGGCAAAGCACGGCCAGUGGUCAGUUCUCUGAAAGCCAAGCGACUUCUGAGCAAUUUGAGAAUUCUGUCAACCAAGCCGCUUCCGAGGAGUCUGGAACCUGCACGGCGGGUCUCGACAUGUCGAAUCCCGCGGCUCAUGCGGGGGACGCAGGCUCCAUGAAGAUUGCGUCCGCGUUAAAGGACGUCCCGGUUGAGCGUAUAGUGGGGCCUGGAAGCGACGAGGUGGUGAAGAUAGGGUCGUUUUGGCAGACGCAGCCCGUGCUGAUUCAUUUUCUCCGCCGCUUCGGCUGCCGCAUCUGCCGCGGAGGAGCCAUGGACAUGUCUCGCGCCAUCCCGCACCUGCAGAAAGCGGGCGUGCGGGUCGUUGCCAUUGGGCUGGACCAUCUGGGAUUGGACGAGUUCGUGGAUGGGGGCUACUGGAAGGGCGAGCUGUACAUUGAUGAUGGAAAGAGGGCGUACCAGGCGCUCGAGCUCAAGUCCAUCUCCUACUGGCAGGUGGCCUACCAGCUGCUCUUUGAUAAGACGGUGAAGAAGUCUCUUGGAGACACGGCCAAUGUGAAGGGCGAUCUGGCUGGAGACGGCCUGCAACUUGGGGCGACGUUGGCACUAGAUAAAGGUGGCAAGUUGCUUCAUGAAUUUAGACAGGUGACAGUAGCAGACCAUCCGUCUCCCGAGGAGCUUUUGCAGCGUUUUGGGAUUGACCCAAGUGUGCUAAGGGGAGGAGUGAAGGGGGCUAGAGGAGCUGAGGAAGGGGGCAAGGAAGACACGUGUGAAGGAAAAGAGUGCUUGUGAUAUGUAGCUUCUCUAGUUUGAUUUUGAUUGUUGUAUUGAGUGUACAUGUACUAUUCGAAUUAUUCACAA